UGGAGCGGUCUCCGUUUGACAAAACCGAACAUCAACAACGCAACACAAAGACGUUGAUCGUCGUCUGACUUGGCGACUCGUGCGAUAAAGUGGUGAACUGUGGCUGACGGCGACAAUUAACGUUCCGCGUGCGAUUCGCGAUCGCAGUCUCCCCCGAUCCUUUGUGCGGAUGAGCGCAAACAGUGCGCGAUCGGCCGUUGUUCUGUCGAGAUCUCGCAUGUUAACACCCAGCCCGGAGGCCUGGGGGUGGUGUUUGUUUGUCGCGUGUUUGCGUCUCGCUACUACUUUGCAGAAACGCAGAAAGGAAAUCAUGUAAAGUAGCCACGAGACAGAAAUAUAGAGCGAGAGAGAGAGAGAGAGACUGAGCAAGUGAGAGUGAGCUUUCGAGUGAAGUGUGAGAGUGUGUGAGAACGAGCAAGAUUACAACCCGAUUGCUCCAACUUAGUGAAAGAAACAUGCUACCCACAGUGCUGCCGAGGAAAGUUGCAUUUGCAGUACGGUUGUGAGCGUGAGUGUAUGUGUAUGUGUGUAUAUUUGCAAUUGCACGAAAGCUUGAGCCCUUUGAUAGCGACCGUAGUGUGCAGCACUUGUGGCGCGAAAUCAAAACCAAGGCAACCGUUGGGCGGCCCACGUUAGUACACCAGUGGAAGUGUCACCCGCAAGAGCAGUACGACCAGCAACAGCAGCAGCUGAUUGUUGCAUUCUCCAGCCCUUCUUUGUGUGUCGCUUUGUGUGCAGUUCACAACAAACUCUUCCCGUGCCGGAGCACAAAACCGGUCCUGGUGGUUCGGUCUCGGCAGCAGAAAGACAAAAAGGGAAUCUUUAAGGGUGGGCCGAUUAAGGGCUUGGGCCGGAUCGUGUUCGAAAGCGUGUGCGGAUUGCCCUUCGUCUGGGGUGUUGGGGCACGGAGGAGCACGGUGAAAGUGAAUGUUCUUAGUACCGAGUAGCUUUUUGGCGUGGUUGAAAUCAGCAAAGACUACCAUCAUGUCCAACGCGACGGGAUUUUUAGACGAAAUCGAGGAAAAUCUGCAGUACGUCGGCGGUACGGCCGGUGCGGUCGCGUUAACGACUGCCGUUGCCGCCGCCACCUACUACUACUCGACCAGACCCGUGCCGGAGAAACCGCUAGUGCCUCUAGAUAACCAAUGUCCAAUCGAAGCCGGCCCGGAACAGGUACACGUGUCAAAGUUCUACAAGGAGGCAAAGGAUGGCAAAUUUGUCAGCUGUCUCGAGGAGGACAUCCGAACGCUGUAUCAAUCAUUUCGCAAGGGUGCCUACACGUCAAACAACGGACCCUGCUUGGGAUGGCGAGAGAACCUACAGUCACCAUAUCAGUGGAUGAACUUCAAUGAGACGCUGCUGCGCGCAAAGAACUUCGGUUCCGGACUGAUCUCGCUAGGGUUGCGGCCAGGGCCGAGCACCUUCAUCGGCAUCUACUCACAGAACCGUCCGGAGUGGGUACUGUUCGAGCAGGGCUGCUACUGCUACUCGCUCGUCGUCGUACCGCUGUACGAUACGCUCGGGCCCGAUGCGUGCGCUUUUAUCGUCGACCAGACGGAGAUGCAGGUCGUCGUCGUGGAGGACGAUAAGAAGGUGAACCUGCUGCUAGACAAGGCACCGAGAUCGCUCCGCAAGAUCGUCGCAAUUAAGGAGGUCCGGCCGGCUACGCUGCAGCGGGCGAAGAACGUCGGCAUCGAUGUGCACACGUUCGAUGAGGUGGAAAAGCUGGGCGCCAUCAGUGACAACCCGGAGCUAGAGCCGAAACCGGACGAUCUGUGCACGGUUUGCUACACGUCCGGCACGACCGGCAACCCGAAGGGCGUAAUGCUGACGCACGCCAACGUCCUGGCCGGUGUGGCGGGCGUACUGCUGCAGCUCGGGCCGCAUCGGCCACGCGUUGGCGACAUUAUGGUUUCGUUCCUGCCCCUGGCGCACAUGCUCGAGCGCUGCUGUGAGAACGGCGUCUACUAUAUGGGCGGUGCGGUCGGUUUCUUCUCGGGCGACAUCAAGGAGCUAACGAACGACCUGAAAGCGCUGAAGCCCACGCUGAUGCCGGCCGUCCCCCGGCUGCUGAACCGCGUGUACGACAAAGUGUUUGCCGAGGUGCAGCGAUCGUCCGUCAAGAAGCUGCUGCUAAACAUGGCGCUCAGCUCGAAGGAGGCAGAGAUCAAGCGUGGCAUUGUGCGGAAGAACAGCAUCUGGGACAAGCUGGUGUUCCGAAAAAUUCAGGAAGGUUUCGGCGGCCGACUGCGCCUGAUGGUGGUCGGUUCGGCCCCGCUGUCCGAGGCGGUACUGUCUUUCUCGCGGGCCGCCCUUGGCUGUCUGAUCUGCGAGGGCUACGGGCAGACGGAAUGUACCGCACCGAUUACGCUGACGGUGCAGGGUGACUUUGUGGCUGGGCACGUAGGGCCACCGGUCGCCUGCAAUGGUAUCAAGCUGGUGGACGUGCCCGAGAUGGAGUACUACGCGUCACAGCAGCAGGGCGAAAUUUGCGUCAAGGGAGCGAACGUUUUCAUUGGGUACCUAAAAGAUCCACAGCGUACGGCAGAAACGAUCGACAAGGACGGUUGGCAUCAUACGGGCGACAUUGGGCAGUGGCUACCGAACGGUACGCUCAAGGUGAUCGAUCGCAAGAAGCACAUCUUCAAGCUGAGCCAGGGCGAAUACAUCGUGCCGGAGAAGAUCGAGAACGCCUACAUCCGCAGCCAGUACGUGGAGCAGGUGUUCGUGCACGGCGAAAGCUUAAAGAGCUGCAUAGUGGCAAUCGUGGUCCCGGACGUGGAGGUCAUCAAGAGCUGGGCCCAGGAGAACAACAUUCCCGGCACGCUGAGCGUACUGUGCAACAACCCAGACGUGAAGCAGCUCAUCCUGAACGACAUGAUCCUGUGGGGCAAAGAGUUUGGACUGAAGUCUUUCGAACAGGUCAAAGACAUCUACCUGCAUCCGGAUCCAUUCUCCGUACAGAACGGUCUGCUAACGCCUACCUACAAAUCCCGGCGGCCCCAGAUCCGAAGUUACUUUGCGCCCCAGCUGGAUGACAUGUACAAACACCUUGACUGAGCAGGGACUGAGCUGCGGUAAAAACAAAAAAUCGAAGCAAACGGAAGGAAUUGGGGGAACAGCAGUGCAAUCCCGGAUCCCGGUGUUCGCUACCACAGCAGUGCGGUGUAUCAUCCUGUUCCUUUUCCUUUCGCCCAGUCCAGCACACCAGGGUCUGGCGGUGGGUGCUGCUGCUGCUGCUAGUAUUGAAUGUGUGCGUGUUAUACUUUUUUAUGAACGUCUACUCCUGACGCCCGUCCGGAGUGGAGGCGAACUAAGGUGAAGAAAGCAAAAGUGUAGGGAACGUUUAAUUAUUCUAGUAACUUGAGUAAAGAAUAUAAAUACGAAAACCCCAAGCCCGGAACUAUGAUAUACACAUUUCGACUUUUGUU